GCCUCGACCCCUCCGGUUGCUUUUCCUGCCUUGGAUCGUCAAGAACAGUUCCCCCCCCGCCGCCACCGUCCCUCUCCUUCCCCCUUAGGCUAGAGCCCCGGCGAGAGUCGGAGUGCCGGGAUACCGCUCAAAGGAGGUCGCCGAACGUUUUGCCUCCUCUUUCAAGGAAGGAAAAGAAAGAAGGGAAGCGGAGUGCGCCGCUCUCCUUGCCCGGCGCCUCUCCGACGCCCAAAAUUCGCUCUUUCCCUGGCUUGGCUCGGGAAGAAAAUGCCCCAGCUCAGCGGCGGGGGCGAUGACCUGGGAGCCAACGACGAGAUGAUCGCCUUUAAGGACGAAGGGGAGCAGGAGGAGAAGAUCCAGGCCAACGUCUUCACCGAGGGGGACCUGGCUGACCUCAAAUCAUCCCUGGUGAAUGAGUCGGAAAGCGGCGGCGGAGGCAGCAACCGUCAGGCGUCCAACCCAGCAGCAACCGUGGCCGGAGCCAGCGCCGCAGGAGCCCAUCCCGAGGCAAUCCGGCGGCUGCAAGAACCCCAGAGGGUCUAUCCAGAGAAACUCCCGGAUCACAUGGAUGAUGGUUUAAAACACCAGGACCCAGGGAUGUAUAAAGGAUCUCCUUAUUCUGGAUACCCUUUCCUCAUGCUGUCUGAUCCUUACCUGCCAAAUGGAUCUAUGUCACCUUUGUCUAACAAGGUUCCCGUAGUACAGCCAUCUCAUGGGGUCCAUCCACUCACCCCACUCAUCCCAUAUAGCAAUGAACAUUUCAGCCAUGGCUCCCAUUCACCACACCUGCCAGCCGACAUCAACCAGAAACAAGGUGUACACCGUCCUUCGCAGACGUCAGAUAUUUCUGGUUUUUAUUCCCUCCCUCCCAGUGGGGUUGGACAGAUAACACCUUCUGUGGGAUGGCAGAGCCAGCCUGUCUGCCCAUUCCAGUCAUGUGGAUUUAGACAGCCCUAUACGUCGGCGCUUUCUGCUGGGGCUACUUUCUCCAGGAUCACACAUCCUUUGGUGCUUAGCUCUGGAAUGCAUGCACCAGGCCUCCCACACCCAGGCAUGACCUCUCCAUCUGGGAAACAAGAAAUGGAUCAUUACGACCGAAGCAUGAAAUCACAAUCAGAACCAAAGAGAGAAAAGGAAGCUAAGAAACCUACCAUCAAGAAGCCUUUGAAUGCUUUUAUGUUGUACAUGAAAGAAAUGCGGGCAAAGGUCAUUGCUGAAUGCACCUUGAAGGAAAGUGCCGCGAUCAACCAAAUUUUAGGAAGACGGUGGCACGCAUUGUCACGAGAGGAGCAAGCCAAGUAUUAUGAACUGGCCCGCAAGGAAAGGCAGCUUCAUAUGCAGCUCUAUCCUGGCUGGUCUGCAAGAGAUAACUAUUCUUCUUCAGGCUCUCCAUCCCGUGAUCACAUACAGUUUAAUUCAGGGCCCCUGGAAUUCAGCAGCACUUCCUGGCCAGCUUCUGCGGCAAGGGGAAAAAAGAAAAGACGAACAAGAGAAAAGCAGCAAGAUUCCAAUUCAGAUCCUGCCUCUCCUAAGAAAUGCAGAGCUCGUUUUGGCCUCAACCAACAAAUGGACUGGUGCGGCCCAUGCAGGAGGAAAAAGAAGUGCAUUCGGUACCUACAAGGAAAAGGACACUGCUCCAGCCCAGUUUCUUCCAAUGGAAGUACUAUAGAUUCCCCUCCCUCCUCUUUGGAUGUGCUCCAGUGUACAUCCCCUGCUUUUAUUCCAAACAAGCUCGCUGCUCCUGCUGAUCUUAUACACCAAAACCAAGCCAAUCCUUCUUCUUUAUCUGCACAUCUCAAAACUGCUACAAGCACAUCAGGACUUCCUUCUAAUAAAUGUUCAACAAUGCCUCAUAAAUCCAUAGUGCCAGGUGAAUCCUCAGGGCACAAUAUGGUAUCAAUAGGAACAUAGUACUAAUGUGAUAUCAAGGCGCACAGAUACAUCAGGCACUUUGCUGAUUGGUUCUGCUGCAUACAGAAGCUACAGAGACAACUUCAGCCUGCCAUCAAAUGGUAUAGUCUUAAAGUCAGUCAAAAGCCAAAUCAGAAAACAACACCGCUGCAGCACUAAAAGUGUUGUCUAAGUAAGGACAUCAACAGUCUCUUUGAAAAGUAUGAAGAUAAACUUAAUUCUGGUCAGUAACUGAAUUAUUUGAUCUCUUUUCCAAUUAAGAUAAAAACAAAAUACACUGAUCUAAUUGCAGAUGAGAGGUGCUAUAAACGUUAAGGCAUUUAUUAAACUACUAUAGUCAAAGUCCUGAGUUUCAGCCAUCCAAUAGCUAUUAUACAUUACAAAAGCAGUUGUUGAAUGACAAGCUCAAAUGUUCCACAGAAAAAGUAUAAAGCAGCUUGUAAGAAACUAAAAUAUUUAAUUAUGCCUCAUCUUUGGGAUCAAGGAUUGCAUUAACCAAUGUUUAUUCCAGCAGCUUUAUUAGGUGAUAAAAUAGGAGAAAACACUGGCUGUGAAAGUCUACCUAGUAUUCCAGACAUAGGGCUGUGUGCAUCACAAUUUUUCAGCUAUAAAGAUUUUUUAUGCUAUCUACUGUAAAAUAUGCAAAUCUCAAAAAUACUUAUUUUUCACAAUUUACCAAACUUUUGCUAUGUAAUCAAUGGGAAAAAAGAAAAGAAUAUAAGCUGUGCCUCUAAUCACUAAAAAUUUAUUCUGCAGUCUUAGUGGCUUCUUAAAAGCUUGCCAAGAUUUACCCACUAUCUAUUUCAAGCCAAUUGUGAUCGCGCACUCUGCCUAUAGAAUCAUUUCUGCAAUUGCAGUAUUGAAGCCUAGUCAUAUUCCUCAUUCUCUGUAUCCCUUUUGUCCAUUUCACAGGGAAGAUAUUUAUUUGAAAGUUAUAUGCUUCCCCAGAGCCCAAUUCAUUUUCAGUGCUAAGCAAAGUUGAUUGCUUUGAACUUUAAACACAGAUGGUCCCUUUCUGGUGCUUUAGAGAUGGUAGUUUUUCUGAGAGGACAAAUAUACAAUCCCACAUUGAUACCAAUCCCAACAUACUGAGAUAAUACUGGACAAAGGGUAGGAAAAUUCAUAAUGUGGAGUAACUGAAAUCGGUGAGUCACUUCAUUACAAUGGUAUUUCAACAAACCUUAUAUUAACCUUUCUGGGAGUAAAGGAAGGUUGCAAAAUCACAGCCCUGAAGAGUUUGCAACUCUUAAUUUUAUGGACUUGAAAGUAAACCACUUUUCUUAACUUUAUGGAAUUGAAACUAAAUCACUUCACUCUAUCUGAAAGGAUCUCAUUUUCAGCAAGAUUAGAAAGACUGUAAUGCUGACAGGUUACAGUUUGAAAAUAGGGAAUAAGCUGACCAUAAAUGAAUCAAAGGUAGAAUUGCAGGUUGAUCCUCCUAAUACUUGCAUGAUGUUCUCAUUCAAGUAUCUUAGGAACUCAAGGAAAAGGAGAAGAAAAGUGAUUCCUAAUCUGAAUUUCCGAAUUAAUAUCAGAAACCUCAUUAAAUCAAGAGUAGAUAAGCGAUAAUCUCUUAGCCACUUUUUUCAGCCAUCUGAUUUAACCAUCCAAUAUAAUAGUAUGACUGCUAAGAACAGCUGGUAAUAUUUUCCCCAUGUUUUGGAUGAGUUUUAGAGCAAACACUCACUCAUAAAAUGUAGUAUAAAUCCUAAUAAUUCAGCUUCAAAAAUUUAUCAGAGUUGGGAAAAUCCCAGCCCACAUACAUUUAUUUUACUUGUGCCUUUGUUACCUUUGAGCUACAAAACUACCCAAACAAGUACAUGCAGUUUUCUUGGGAACAAUUUUCAGAAGUGGUUUGCCAUUGCCUUCAUCCUAGGGCUGAAAGAAUGUGACUUACAUUAAGAAUGUGACUGGCCUAACUCUCUCUUUUAAAUUUUUAAAUCGUUUAAUCUGUUUUACAAAUUGGGUGUUUUAAAUUUGUUUUCGGCCAAAAUAUUUAAUAAUUUUAAUGGACUUUUAAUGUUUGUAUUAUCUGUAUUUUAUCUUGGCUGUUCACUGCCCUGAGUCCUCCGGGAGUAGGGCGAUAUAGGAAUUUGAUAUAAAAUAAUAAUAAAAUAAUAAAGUCACAGUUGAUUUUGUGUCUACAGUAGGACUAGAACAAUCAUCCAGCUUCCAGCCAGUGCCUUGAGCCACACAUGAAAUAGUCCUCCAUUAAAACCUUCAGUAACUCAAGAAAAACUUGGAGUGCCUUUUGACAUCAGAAGGCUGCCCAAACUUGAUUUCAAGUCUAUGCAAGAGUACUUCCCCAGGAAUAUCAUUUUGAAAUUUUAUUCUUUAAAAUGCUGUACUUGAUUUCUUCCUCCAGAAAGGCUCACCCGAUAGUUCAGAGGAACUCUGAAAUUAAUGAAAGCCUCCUGACCCCAAUAUGAUAUAAGCAUAGGUCAUAAACGUAGCUGCAUUUGCACCUACAGUCAGAUGAGUACAUAACUAGACUGCACCUACAAAUCAGAUGAGUACAUAACAAGAUAUGCAAAAAUGGAACUGAAUUAACUAUUCAAUAUUAAUCAGCAUGAUUAUCAUUUAUGUAACUACGAAGAUAAGCUAUUUUAGUUAAGACUAGAGCAGUCACAAAGAUUUAGAAACAAGUUUCCAAAAAUGCAAGUAUAACUUAAAUACCAAAAAGAGAUGCUUAAAAAUGCUGUAUUAAAUUUUCUAUAUUUUAUCUUCCCUCGCUGUGUAAAAUGAAAGCUUUUAUCAUGGUGUUUUACUCAAGUUAAAUGUAUACACAGCAAGUGCAAUUAUUUGCUUUUCUGAAGAGACUGAAUGUACCAUGUCAUGGAAAUUUAACUUUAAUAAGCCACGAAAAAAUCUCUGUAUGUAUGUAGCAGGGGAAAAUUUCAUUUGUACAAUUAUCAUCUGGAGUUUUGUUUUGUCUUUUUUUAAUCUUGAAUUUGUUUUGCUUCUUUGUUUAAAAUUUGUUUAUGGCUUUAUAAAUAAAAAUGAUCUACCAGAUUGUCCAUUCAAAAAUGGGUAACUGGGGACUAUAAUCCUAUAAACAAUGUUAUAUUUUUCUGUGCAUAUUUCCAUAUAUUACAAAAAUGUGACCAUGACAUAGUUUGUGAAGAAAACCAAUGAGCCACAAUAAUUUUAGAUUCAAGCAUUCAAAUUUAAAAUUGAAUAUUUAGCACAUUAUCUAACAGUGUUAAAAGGACUUUAUUCUUAAAGACAGUGUGCAAAAACUUCAAUCAACACCAGCAUCUUAUGUACAUAAAUCAACAAAGCUAGAUCUAGUUAGCCACUUGUUGACAAUGGCAGUGAAAAUUGACCGUUCUACCUAUUUUCUUUAUAAUUCAUAAUUUUCUUCCUACAAAAAAAAAUACUAUUUCAGGGCAGGGGUCUCAAGUGGAUAUGGCUAUAGCAGUUGAGAGAAAAGCUGUGAUUAUGUUAAAUCUAAUAAAGGCACUGUAGAUGCAA